UUGCCUUCGUGCCUAAGCUUAAUUUUACUAAAUUUAGCGUGCCUUGUCGAGUUGUCGUGCUUUUUUCAAAAAAAUGCGGCCCACAAUCCACGACUUCGUUCUCGUGUCGGAACGGGCCGGGCUUUUCAUGCCGGGUCGGGCCACAUCCAUCUUUAGACUUACCCGGUUAGAAGCUUAGGGAGAUUAGUGAAGCAGUUUUGUUUUGUGCUGGUUAAGACUACAAGGGCUACUACUCCUGUAUGUUCUGCUACGGAAACGUUACUUUAAUUAGCAUUCUCUAUCUGAUUUAUUUGUUAUAACAGGAUGAUAUUUGAGUCUCCUAAUCUAACUUACUGCUUCAACUAGUGAGUUUUUAUGACUGCUCUUUGGCGUGUACCUGUACCUUAGAUUUACUUCUUCAGUUUAGUUAAUAUAAAGAGUUUGGCCACGCUGUUAACUAGAUCACGUAGAGGACUAAACUGUGUUCGGUUUAGUAAAUGGCCAAUAAGAUCUUUUGAUUGCUACUUGUUUUCCUAUGAUCCAGCUCCUAACCAAGGUAAAAAUCUGUAAAACUCACCUCUGAUUUUGAGAAAUGAAAUCAGAAAGUUUUAACUUCUGGUGACUUUCCUGGGAAUUCGUUACAGAAAGUUUCUUUAUCUGUAUCGAGCUAUAUCAGUAUAUGUUCUCGAUCACUAACUCUGCUUUAUUAUCAAGUUUCAAAUUUACUUUAUUUUUCUUGCAUGUAUUUAUAAAGCUGGAAAAAAACGAAAAAAGGCGUAGCAUAUACAUAUCACUUACAAUAAGAGAGUGCAAAAUUAAGAAAAGCCUAGUAAUAAAAUGCAGUGAAAGUGGUUUAAUGUCAUUCUCAAAUUUAAAACAUUUGGACCAUCUAUAUGUCAUUUUAAACAUUCCCUAAAUUCCCUCUUCUGCACUCCUGUGAAUCUUCCCUUUUCUGCUCUACCUUUGACUUCAGCUUAUAACAAAAAUGGAAAAACUUUGCUUAUGCCCAUCACCACUCUUAAUCAUCCUUUAUGAAGUGUUUUCUCUCUCCUCAAUUAUUCUGUUCAGGCUCUCUUUGUGCAGCAACUUCUGAAGAAUCACAAGAAGGAAGUAGCUUGAAGGGGUAGAGAGAGCAUUCAAGCCACCUUUCGGGUUUUUUGUGCUCCUGUAAAGUUCAUCACAAAAUGGCAAACAUUUGUGAAACUUGUGAAGAUUUGAAGAAGUACAAAUAUUGGCAUGACUUACAAAAUAUAAAGCACCAGUUCUUCAAGAUUAUGCUUGGUGAUUUUGAGCAUCAUCUGCGAAUUCCCAGGCACUUCAUCGGAUGUUUUAUGGGAGACCUAUCACACUCUUCCGUACUUAAAGGACCAAGCGGGAAUGAAUGGGAAGUCCAAAUCAUUAAAACGAAGGAAGAUGUUCUAUUCUCAAAUGGUUGGGAGAAAUUUGUGAAGGAUCAUGGUAUUAAAGAAGGUUGUUUCUUGGUUUUUCGGUAUGUUGGUGAUUCCUCUUUCGAGGUCUCGAUUUUUAAUAAUAGUGGAUGUGAGAAUGAAGGUUCUUACUUCACAAAGAACAACAAUAUUAUGUCUUCAAAUUCUUCCUGUAGAAGUCUCCUUCACUUGGAGAAUGAUGAAGGUUGCAGUCAAACUACAAAAUUUGCAGCUACAAAAUUGUCAGAAAGCAAGCUUAUGAAGAAAAAACUGGAUAUUUCGUCUGAUGAAGAAAUGGAAAUGGGUGAUCGCCCCAGUCGAAGGAGCAGAAGAACAUCUCAAGGAAAACAAUCUCAAAUGCAUUAUAUAUCAAAGAGGCGGGAGGUUACAGAGGAAGAGAAGGACCACGCAAAAGACAUGGCUCGUAAUCAUAAUAAGAGCAGCAGUAAAUCUUCAAGAAAACGUAUGUUUGAAAUCGUUAUGCGACCCACACAUGUUUAUGAUGGCUUUCAUCUGACAAUCCCUAAAGAAUGGGCCCUAGAACAUAUGCACCCCAAGGAUCACGAGGUCAAACUGCGAGUUCCAGGAGGAAAGGAGGAGAGCUGGGUUGUUGGAUGCAGAUGGACUUCACAGAGACAGUGUCAGAUCAGACCGAGGUGGUCGACAUUUGUUUUGGACAACAAUCUCGAAGAACAUGAUGUCUGUGUUUUCGAGCUUCUUCAGAAAGGAGAAUCGGGUAAAAACAGACUUCCUAUCUUUGAUGUUCACAUUUUCCGGGUUGUUAGUGAAGUAGUUCCCUUGACCGUGUUGAGGGCCUAAGGCGUAUUGUCCAAUUCAUGUAGCCUUUUUAACAUAUAUGCUGUUGAACAUUCUGCAAUUUAGAGCAUAUUUAGCAGGUUUUUAAACGUUUUUAAUCACUUUUAGUAGCAUCAUUGUGUUGUACUGAUUAGUAGAGAAACAUUGAUGGGAUCCUUUCAUUAAUGGUUGAAUGGUUAUUGCCUUA